GUGGCCGAACUGCCGGACUCAGAGGCCGGCCCCAGAAAACCCGAGCGAGUAGGGGGCGGCGCGCAGGAGGGAGGAGAGCUGGGGGCGCGGGAGGCUGGUGGGUGUCGGGGGUGGAGAUGUAGAAGAUGUGACGCCGCGGCCCGGCGGGUGCCAGAUUAGCGGACGCGGUGCCCGCGGUUGCAACGGGAUCCCGGGCGCUGCAGCUUGGGAGGCGGCUCUCCCCAGGCGGCGUCCGCGGAGACAACCAUCCCUGAACCCCAGCUCCCGAGCCGCCGGCUAGCCGCGCACCAGGGGCCGGCGGACAGAAGAGCUGCCGAGCGGCUCGAGGCUGGGGGACCGCGAGCGCGGCCGCGCGCUGCCGGGCGGGAGGCUGGGGGGCCGGGGCCGGGGCCGUGCCCCGGAGCGGGUCGCAGGCCGGGGCCGGGGCCGGGGGACGGCGGCUCCCCGCGCGGCUCCAGCUGCUCGGGGUCCCCGGCCGGGCCCCGCAGGGACCAUGGCAGCCGGGAGCAUCACCACGCUGCCCGCCUUGCCGGAGGAUGGCGGCAGCGGCGCCUUCCCGCCCGGCCACUUCAAGGACCCCAAGCGGCUGUACUGCAAAAACGGGGGUUUCUUCCUGCGCAUCCACCCCGACGGCCGAGUUGACGGGGUCCGGGAGAAGAGCGACCCUCACAUCAAACUACAACUUCAAGCAGAAGAGAGAGGAGUUGUGUCUAUCAAAGGAGUGUGUGCUAACCGUUACCUUGCUAUGAAGGAAGAUGGAAGAUUACUGGCUUCUAAAUGUGUUACGGAUGAGUGUUUCUUUUUUGAACGAUUGGAAUCUAAUAACUACAAUACUUACCGGUCAAGGAAAUACACCAGUUGGUAUGUGGCACUGAAACGAACUGGGCAGUAUAAACUUGGAUCCAAAACAGGACCUGGGCAGAAAGCUAUACUUUUUCUUCCAAUGUCUGCUAAGAGCUGAUUUUAAUGGCCACAUUUAAUCUCAUUUCACAUGAAAGAAGAAGUAUAUUUUAGAAAUUUGUUAAUGAGAGUAAAAGAAAAUAAAUGUGUAUAGCUCAGUUUGGAUAAUUGGUCAAACAACUUUUUAUCCAGUAGUAAAAUAUGUAACCAUUGUCCCAGUAAACUAACAAAAGUUGUUGAAAAAUGUAUAUUCCCCCUUUUAUAUUGCAUCUGCUGUUACCCAGUGAAGCUUACCUAGAGCAAUGAUCUUUUUCACGCAUUUGCUUUAUUCGAAAAGAGGCUUUUAAAAUGUGCAUAUUUAGAAACAAAAUUUCUUCAUGGAAAUCAUAUACAUUAGAAAAUUACAGUCAGAUAUUUAAUCAAUCCAAAAUGUCCACUAUUUCUUAUGUCAUUCAUUAGUCUACAGGUUUCUAAACAUAUAAAUGUGAACUUAAUCAAUUCCUUUCAUAGUUUUAUAAUUCUCUGGCAGUUCCUUGUGAUAGAGUUUAUAAAACAGGCCUGUGUGAACUGCUGGAAGUUCUUCCACAGUCAGGUCAAUUUUGUCAAACCCUUCUCUGUACCCAUACAGCAACAGCCUAGCAACUCUGCUGGUGAUGGGAGUUGUAUUUUCAGUCUUCGCCAGGUCAUUGAGAUCCAUCCACUCACAUCUUAAGCAUUCAUGCUGGCAAAAAUUUAUGGUGAAUGAAUAUGGCUUUAGACGGCAGACGAUAUACAUAUCUGACUUUCCAAAAGCUCCAGGAUUUGUGUGCUGUUGCCGAAUACUCAGGAGGGACCUGAAUUCUGAUUUUAUACCAGUCUCUUCAAAAACUUCUCGAACCGCUGUGUCUCCUACAUAAAAAAAAAGAUGUACAAAUCAAUAAUAAUUACACUUUUAGAAACUGUAUCAUCAAAGAUUUUCAGUUUAAGUAGCAUUAUGUAAAGGCUCAAAACAUUACCCUAACAAAGUAAAGUUUUCAAUACAAAUUAUUUGUCUUGUGGAUAUUAAGAAAUCCCAAAAUAUUUUCUUACCACUGUAAAUUCAAGCAGCUUUUGAAAUGCUGAAUAUUUCUUUGGCUGCUACUUGGAGGCUUAUUUACCUGUACAUUUUUGGGGUCAGCUCUUUUUAACUUCUUGCUGCUCUGUUUCCCAAAAGGUAAAAAUAUAGAUUGAAAAGUUAAAACAUUUUGCAUGGCUGCAGUUCCUUUGUUUCUUGAGAUAAGAUUCCAAAGAACUUAAGAUUCAUUUCUUCAACACCGAAAUGCUGGAGGUGUUUAAUCAGUUUUCAAGAAACUUGGAAUAUAAAUAAUUUUAUAAUUCAACAAAGGUUUUCACAUUUUAUAAGGUUGCUUUUUCAAUUAAAUGCAAAUUUGUGUGGCAGGAUUUUUAUUACCAUUAACAUAUUUUUGUGGCUGCUUUUUCUACACAUCCAGAUGGUCCCUCUAACUGGGCUUUCUCUAAUUUUGUGAUGCCUUGUCAUUGUCUCCCAAGGUAUUUAGGAGAAGCCCUUUAAAAAGCUGCCUUCCUCUACCACUUUGCUGGAAAGCUUCACAAUUGUCACAGAUAAGGAUUUUUGUUCCAAUACUCGUUUUGCCUCCAUUUUUCUUGUUUGUCAAAUAGUAAAUGAUAUUUGCCCUUGCAGUAAUCCUACUGGUGAAAAAUAUGCAAAGAAGAGGAAGUCACAGAAACAUGUCUCAAUUCCCAUGUGCUCUGACUGUAGACUGUCUUACCAUAGACUGUCUUACCAAUCCCCUGGAUAUGCUCGUUUUUUCCCUCUAAUAGCUAUGGAAAGAUGCAUAGAAAGGGUAUAAUGUUUUAAAACAUAAGGCAUUUAUCUGCCAUUUUUCAAUUACAUGCUGACUUCCCUUACAAUUGAGAUUUGCCCAUAGGUUAAACAUGGUUAGAAAUAACUGAAAGCAUAAAAGAAAAAUAUAGGCCGGGUGCAGUGGCUCAUGCCUAUAUUCCCUGCACUUUGGGAGGCCAAAGCAGGAGGAUCGCUUGAGCCCAGGAGUUCAAGACCAACCUGGUGAAACCCCGUCUCUACAAAAAAACACAAAAAUUAGCCAGGCAUGGUGGCGUGCACAUGUGGUCUCAGGUACUUGGGAGGCUGAGGUGGGAGGGUUGAUCACUUGAGGCUGAGAGGUCGAGGUUGCAGUGAGCCAUAAUUGUGCCACUGCACUCCAGCCUAGGCAACAGAGUGAGACUUUGUCUCAAAAAAAGAGAGAAAUUUUCCUUAAUAAGAAAAGUAAUUUUUACUCUGACAUGCAAUACAUUUGUUAUUAAAUUUAUUAUUCAAGAUGGUAGCACUAGUCUUAAAUUGUAUAAAAUAUCCCCUAACAUGUUUAAAUGUCUAUUUUUAUUCAUUAUGCUUUGAAAAAUAAUUAUGGGGAAAUACAUGUUUGUUAUUAAAUUUAUUAUUAAAGAUAGUAGCACUAGUCUUAACUUUGAUAUAACAUCUCCUAACUUGUUUAAAUGUCCAUUUUUAUUCUUUAUGUUUGAAAAUAAAUUAUGGGGAUCCUAUUUAGCUCUUAGUACCACUAAUCAAAAGUUCAGCAUGUAGCUCAUGAUCUAUGCUGUUUCUAUUUCAUGGAAGCACCGGAUGGGGUAGUGAGCAAAUCUGCCCUGCACAGCAGUCACCAUAGCAGCUGACUGAAAAUCAGCACUGCCUGAGUAGUUUUGAUCAGUUUAACUUGAAUCACUAACUGACUGAAAAGUGAAUGGGCAAAUAAGUGCUUUUGUCUCCAGAGUAUGUGGGAGAACCUUCCUCCUCAAGAUGGAUAUUUCUUCCCCAAGGAUUUCAAGAUGAAUUGAAAUUUUUAAUCAAGAUAGUGUGCUUUAUUCUGUUGUAUUUUUUAUUAUUUUAAUAUACUGUAAGCUAAACUGAAAUAGCAUUUGCUGUUUUAUAGGUUUGAAGAACAUAGGAAAAACUAAGAGGUUUUGUUUUUAUUUUUGCUGAUGAAGAGAUAUGUUUAAAUAUGUUGUAUUGUUUUGUUUAGUUACAGGACAAUAAUGAAAUGGAGUUUAUAUUUGUUAUUUCUAUUUUGUUAUAUUUAAUAAUAGAAUUAGAUUGAAAUAAAAUAUAAUGGGAAAUAAUCUGCAGAAUGUGGGUUUUCCCGGUGUUUCCCUCUGACUCUAGUGCACUGAUGAUCUCUGAUAAGGCUCAGCUGCUUUAUAGUUCUCUGGCUAAUGUAGGAGAUACUCUUCCUGCCAGUGGUAAUAUGAUUUUUUAGGAAGGCAGUUUGUCAAUUUUAAUCUUGUGGAUACCCUUAUACUCUUACGGUAUUAUUUUAUACAAAAGCCUUGAGGAUUGCAUUCUAUUUUCUAUAUGACCCUCUUGAUUUUUAAAAAACACUAUGGAUAACAAUUCUUCAUUUACCUAGUAUUAUGAAAGAAUGAAGGAGUUCAAACAAAUGUGUUUCCCAGUUAACUAGAGUUUACUGUUUGAGCCAAUAUAAAUGUUUAACUGUUUGUGAUGGCAGUAUUCCUAAAGUACAUUGCAUGUUUUCCUAAAUACAGAGUUUAAAUAAUUUCAGUAAUUCUUAGAUGAUUCAGCUUCAUCAUUAAGAAUAGCUUUUGUUUUAUGUUGAGUUAGAAAUGCCUUCAUAUAGACAUAGUCCUUCAGACCUCUACUGUCAGUUUUCAUUUCUAGCUGCUUUCAGGGUUUUAUUAAUUUUAAGGCAAAGCUUUAAUUUAUACUAAGCUUAGGAAGUAUGGCUAAUGCCAACUGCAGUUUUUUCUUCUUAAUUCCACAAGACUGAGGCAUAUAUGAUCUCUGGAUAGGUGAGUUGUUGUGACAACCACAAACACUUUUUUUUUUUAAGAAAAAAAGGUAGUGAAGUUUUAAUUAUCUGGACUUUAAGAAGGAUUCCGGAGUAUACUUAGGCCUGAAAUUAUACAUAUUUGGCUUGGAAAUAUGUAUUUCUUCAAUUACAUCUACAAAUAAGUACAGCUGAAAUUCAGAGGACCCAUAAGAGUUCACAUGAAGAAAAUCAAUCCAUUUGAAAAGGCAAGAUGCAGGGGAGAGGAAGCCUUGCAAACCUGCAGACUGCUUUUUGCCCAAUAUAGAUUGGGUAAGGAUGCAAAACAUAAGCUUAAUUAGCUCACAUGCUCUGCUCUCACGUGGCACCAGUGGAUAGUGUGAGAGAAUUAGGCUGUAGAACAAAUGGCCUUCUCUUUCAGCAUUCGCACCACUACAAAAUCAACUUUUAUAUCAACAGAAGAGUAAGCAUAAACUAAGCAAAAGGUCAAUAAGUACCUGAAACCAAGAUUGGCUAGAGAUAUAUCUUAAUGCAAUCCAUUUUCUGAUGGAUUGUUAGGAGUUGGCUAUAUAAUGUAUGUACGGUAUUUUGAUUUGUGUAAAAGUUUUAAAAAUCAAGCUUUAAGUACAUAGACAUUUUUAAAUAAAAUAUUUAAAGACAAUUUAGAAAAUUGCCUUAGUAUCAUUGUUGGCUAAAUAGAAUAGGGGACAUGCAUAUUAAGAAAAAGGUCGUGGACAAAUAAUAUUGGUAUCAAACAAAUACAUUGAUUUGUUAUGAUACACAUUGAAUUUGAUCUAAUAGUUUAAGGAAUAGGUAGGAAAAUUUGGUUUCUAUUUUUCGAUUUCCUGUAAAUCAGUGACAUAAAUAAUUCUUAGCUUAUUUUGUACUUCCUUGUCUUAAAUACUGAGCUCAGUAAGUUGUGUUAGGGGAUUAUUUCUCAGUUGAGACUUUCUUAUAUGACAUUUUACUAUGUUUUGACUUCCUGACUAUUAAAAAUAAAUAGUAGAUACAGUUUUCAUAAAGUGAAGAAUUAUAUCAUCACUGCUUUAUAACUGACUUUAUUAUAUUUAUUUCAAAGUUCAUUUAAGGGCUACUAUUCAUCCUCUGUGAUGGAAUGGUCAGGAAUUUGUUUUCUCAUAGUUUAAUUCCAACAACAAUAUUAGUCGUAUCCAAAAUAACCUUUAAUGCUAAACUUUACUGAUGUAUAUCCAAAGCUUCUCCUUUUCAGACAGAUUAAUCCAGAAGCAGUCAUAAACAGAAUAGGUGGUAUGUUCCUAAUGAUAUUAUUUCUACUAAUGGAAUAAACUGUAAUAUUAGAAAUUAUGCUGCUAAUUAUAUCAGCUCUGAGGUAAUUUCUGAAAUGUUCAGACUCAGUCUGAACAAAUUGGAAAAUUUAAAUUUUUAUUCUUAGCUAUAAAGCAAGAAAGUAAACACAUUAAUUUCCUCAACAUUUUCAAGCCAAUUAAAAAUAUGGAAGAUACACACCAAUAUCUUCUUCAGGCUCUGACAGGCCUCCAGGAAACUUCCACAUAUUUUUCAACUGCAGUAUAAAGUCAGAAAAUAAAGUUAACAUAACUUUCACUAACACACACAUAUGUAGAUUUCACAAAAUCCACCUAUAAUUGGUCAAAGUGGUUGAGAAUAUAUUUUUUAGUAAUUGCAUGCAAAAUUUUUCUAGCUUCCAUCCUUUCUCCCUCGUUUCUCCUUUUUUUGGGGGAGCUAGUAACUGAUGAAAUCUUUUCCCACCUUUUCUCUUCAGGAAAUAUAAGUGGUUUUGUUUGGUUAACGUGAUACAUUCUGUGUGAAUGAAACAUUGGAGGGAAACAUCUACUGAAUUUCUGUAAUUUAAAAUAUUUUGCUGCUAGUUAACUAUGAACAGAUAGAAGAAUCUUACAGAUGCUGCUAUAAAUAAGUAGAAAAUACAGUAUAAAUUUCAUCACUAAAAUAUGCUAUUUUAAAAUCUAUUUCCUAUAUUGUAUUUCUAAUCAGAUGUAUUACUCUUAUUAUUUCUAUUGUAUGUGUUAAUGAUUCUAUGUAAAAAUGUAAUUGCUUUUCAUGAGUAGUAUGAAUAAAAUUGAUUAGUUUGUGUUU